CUGUGGUAUUGGCGACCGGAAUGUGGAAACCUAAUAUUCCCAACAUAGACGGCAUUGAGAAAGCACUUGGUUACGAGAGUUUUCCCACUGCUCCGGAACUCUACGAGAACAAAAGUGUUCUGAUUUUAGGUGAGGCACACGGGACAUACUCAGUCUACAAUUUUCUAUUCCUUCAACACACUUUUAAAAUCUCUGUUGAUUUGGGCAGUGAAUAUGAUUUACAUUCGACCGUCUUCAUAUCCCGGUUUACAUUUCACGAUCUCACUGUAUCGCGAAUUUACACUUGUAUACAGGGAAUAUUAAACGUUUUAUCGCAGAUUUAUAUACAAUUUUAAUUGAGGUUAAAAUUAGGUAGUUUUAAGAGUCCAGAAAGUAUUUCAGAGCAAAGGAAGUGUUUAUAAGACUUUAAGAAAGUUUAAUAGCAGUGUGUAUAUAUAAAUUAAAAAUAUAAGGUCGCUACUUCGCGGAUUUUCGCCUAUCACCCUGAAAAAAGGGGGGGGGGUGUCGAACUCCCUCGAAAUAAGAUGAAGAAACACUAAUUUCUUUGUUGAUAAUGUGUGCUGAUUUUGAAGUUUCUUUUAACUAAGUAUUGCUACCGGAAUCUGUUUAAAGAACCAUAAUAUUUGGAUAAAAUCGGAAAUAGAUAUAUUCAGACUUAAAAAAGCCGUCUCCCAACAAUCGUAUACAGAUAUUUUCAUGAAAAUUAUAUCAGAUUGAAAGAAAUAUAUCAAUUUUUCAAAAUAAAAUUAUUUAUUGUAAUUAUAGGAUUUAUCUAUUUUCAAAUCUAAUGUUUCCAUUUGUUGUAGAUAUUCUAAUGUAAAAUUCCAAUUUAAGCAAACUCAUUUUUUGUCAAAUGACAAAAUAGUUAAAUAAUUACUUUUUAUUAUUUAAAAAUGGAGACAUUGUCAAUAGUUAUCGAUGACAUAAAAUAACACAUUAUUUUCUUGAAACACAUUUUUUUGGUGACAUAUUAUUUAGCAGGAAUUGGAUUGUCAACCACUAGAAAGAUAUCCAGCUAAUUGUAAUUACAUUUAAACUACACGUGGGACCGAACAAGUCCAUUAAGUUUUAAUGACAUAUAAAUAUUAUUUUGUUUGUUUGUUAAUUUGCCAAAACUCAGGCAUGGGAAACUCGGCCCUGGAGACGGCUGACUCUAUAUAUGGGCAUACACAGUACGUGCACAUUCUGACACGUCAGCCUGCUAUCAACAUGGCCUGGGAUACACAUUACGUCGGAGACAUAAGGUCAGCUCAUGGCAGAGGCGUAGCGUGGUGGGGGCAGGGGGGACAGAUGUCCCCGGGCGCCAGCUAGUUAGGGGCGCCAAAAUGUGCUUUGAUAUUAUUUUAUUGAUGAAAAUAAUGGGUUUGAGAGUUGAAAAAAAGAAAAAGGGGCGCUAAAAAUGGAUCUUGUCCCCGGGCGCGAAUCUUGUUCCCGGGCGCCAAACACCCUCGCUACGCCACUGGCUCAUGGGUUCUUAUUUCGUAACUUUUAAAGAAACAAAAAAUAUUUAUUUAAGAGAAAACAAAAACGAUAGAAAAGCUCUGGAUCGACACUCAAAAUUCCCUUUACACUCGAAGAGCUCUGCAGGUCUUAUGAUCGAGAUCAGAGACCUGUUUAAAUCUAGAACUCUAGAAAAGGUGUAUGGUAUGUAGGGUUUGUGGUUGAAGUUUCAGUUCCCCUUCCAAUUUUUUUUUCGUUUAAAGAAAUUACGUACGAUCUUAUACGCAUUUUUUUGUUACUUUACUAGUUGAAGUAGAUGUGCCUUUAUGAGAUGUCAAGAAUAUGGCAUGCGGUAUUUAUGUAGUCUGGAUAGCUUUACGUUUAUCAUGAGAGGCUGAGAUACAUUGAAAGAACAUUAAUUUGCUGAUGUAUGUCUUGGGAUGUUUUGAAACAAACGAUGUUUUCAAAAGUUGUGUCAUGAUUAAAAUAAAAAAAAAAAAUGGACCGAAUUUCAAUGUAAAAAUACUUGCAACUAAUAAGUAAAGAUAUGAAAAAGGGAUUAAAACAAAAAUUGUAUAUGUAAAAAAAUAAAUAAACGAAAACAGCACUGCCUCUCCACUGUAUACAAUAUAUUGCAUAGAUUAAAAGCAAAAUAGAGACUAGCUUAUCAAUCAAACUAGAACUGCCACGGGUUCAAAGGACAAUGGAAAUACAUUUUAAGGACGCCAAUGGUAUAUGGCUAGUUAAGUGAAGUGUUAUACAUAAAUUUGCUUUCAGGUAUGAACAAAACAAAAUUAAAUUAUGGAUGCAAGCUUAGUUGAGCUCAAAACUAUUUUUUUUAAAUCUCAGCAUUAAAUUAUUUUAUUGACAUAAAUAAACAUGUUAUAAAUGCACCAGCACAAUCGGAACAUUUGAUUUCUUUCUGUUCUAUUUAAAUUAUUAUGUUUCUAUUCUAUUCUACUCUUUUAUAUUGUGUUUUAUUCUAUUCUAUUCUGUUCUAAUAAAUUAUUAUGUUUCUAUUCUAUUCUGUUCUAAUAAAUUAUUAUGUUUCUAUUCUAUUCUGUUCUAAUAAAUUAUUAUGUUUCUAUUCUAUUCUGUUCUAAUAAAUUAUUAUGUUUCUAUUCUAUUCUGUUCUAAUUAAAUUAUUAUGUUUCUAUUCUAUUCUGUUCUAAUUAAAUUAUUAUGUUUCUAUUCUAUUCUACUCUUUUAUAUUGUGUUUUAUUCUAUUCUAUUCUUUUCUAUUAUAUUAUGUCCUAAUCUAUUUUAUUUUAUUUCUAUUGGGUUGUUUUGUAUUCUAUUCUAUUGUUCUCUACACUCGUCAGAUCAAUAAAUAACAACAUUCUGGACACGUUUCUACUCAAGUCCCUGGACGGCAUCACAUUCCUUGACCUGGAGGACGUCAGUCUCCAUGAGAGAGGGGGCAAAUAUUACGUCAUUGUGGACGGACAUGUACACACUAUAAUCCUAUAUGCUAUUAAUCUGCUCGCCUUUAUUUUCAAACGUUGAAGUAUUUUGUCCUAACAAUGUAUCUAUUUAUUCAUCGCCCGGGCUUUGGUGUUUAGCUUAAGAUGAUAUCUUGACGGUCUACUUUGGGCUUUAAACACCUUCCGGGCUUAGGAAAACGUGAACCAUCAUUAGCGGGCCAUUAAAGUAGAGUUAUAAAACAGUAUUUAAAUUGCGUUUCUUCCAUUGCGUUCUUCUUAUUAUUUUAAAUACUAUUUCCUUCAUUAUUUUUAAAUAAUAAGAAACAGAUACAAAUAAAAUUCAAUCGAAAUUCUUAAGGGUUUCAAUUACAGUAAGAACGGCCGGUAGGGAAUUUUCUGAUGAUUUGUAACCGUACGGGGACCGGCUCUUGAAAACCACUGCAUAAGGAAAUGCAUGACGUCAGAAUAAAGAUUGUUACUUCCCCUGACUGUAGAGAUCUUACUUUGUUUUUGCAAGUUUACAACAUAUCAUAAAUUUAUCCUAUUGCUACAUGCAAACGAUUUUAUUUUCAAACCCUAUUUUACUAAUUCUUAUAAAAAAGACAUAGAUAGACCUAAACUGUGAGGCCCAAAAUGUAAAUAAAUCUUUUUAAAAGUUGCGCUGAUCGAUUGUGAAUGUACUAGAACAGAAAUUGUUUCAAAAUUUCGUAAAAUCUACUUUCAGUAUCUGGGUUCUGAAUACAGCCGAACCAACAUCCCAGAUAACUUCGCUUUGAGGGGCGGAUAUGACGUAGUUAUCAGAUGCACGGGAUUCACUUUCGAUGCCUCCAUCUUUAAGUAAGCUGAUUCAUGCCGGGCUGUGUAGUCAACAUUUAAUCGUACAAGGCUUUUCGUACUUGUCAUAUAAUCCUCUCUGAGCUCACAGUCUCAUAAUGACAUUUUAUACAAGGUCACAUUUCAUAAGUUACAUUUACAACACCCCCAAACAUGAGGUAUUGGAUUUGAUCACGUACAUGCAUAUAACAUUUGGAAUAAGUGGUUUGGGGGGGGUGAGGUGGCGGUCCGCUACAGGCGGCAUUUUUGGCUCCCUACUUAUAGAAUACAAGGUUUCUGUUUGAUGUGUGAGAUGUACAUUGCAUUCUGUUUGAUGUGUGAGAUGUACAUUGCAUUCUGUUUGAUGUGUGAGAUGUACAUUGCAUUCUGUUUGAUGUGUGAGAUGUACAUUGCAGUUUUCGUGAGUAAAGGUGCUGAAAGAUCAAGAACCGUCCAGGGAGUCACAAACUUCUAAGAGACCCCCCGAACUUAAAAUGCGUCUCCCACGAAGCUUGCAUUUUAACAAUUUGUUUACAACUAAUUAAACUUUGUGCUUUCCUCCCCCACACCAGCGCCACACACAUCAGCAGACCCCCGGGUAAGGCCAAGAAGUACCCAGCCAUAAACCACGCCUAUGAAUCCAUUGACUUCCCCGGCCUGUUCGUCGCCGGCACUGCCUCGCAUUCCCUGGAUUUACGGAAGUCAGCUGGCGGAUUUAUUCACGGCUUCCGUUACACGAGUUAGUUCGUUUCGUUUGUCUUGCAUUCAUUGGUCUUAUUUACGAGCCUGUCACUGCCAGCUGUUUUUACAUUUCAACUUUUUACACUGAAUUGGAGACAGAAAAUUCUACAAAUAUUGGAGUUUGUUUAUAUAAUUUAUGAGUCGGUUAAGAAUCCAUUAAGAAAAGAAAGACCGAUACCUUUUCAACUUAGUUGAUAUUUUACUCAUCUUUGAUAGACAAAAAAAAUUAUUGUGACCAAGCAAAGGUUGCUGCUGCUCAUCCCAUAUCCACCAACACCAAAAAUGAUAUUGGUCAUGCCACAUGUUUUAAAAAUGAGUUAAACUAUUUAGUCGAUGGAUAUGUGCCUUGUUACAACCACGUGACUAUUUUCAGUCACUUGAUGUGACACCCAGUGUAAUUACGAAGACAGACUUGGAUCAUUUAGUGUUCAUGAGCCCGUUGUGUUAUGGCAACCAUGGUUUUUUGAGAGCAGUGGCGUAGGAAGGGGAGGGGCGGAACGAGUAUUCCGCCCCGGGUGGCAAAUUUUGUUUCUUUACACAGAGGGUGGUAUUUUCGGCCUAAUGUAAAUAUUUUUUUUUUUUAAAAUCUUGGCCCACCGCAGGCGGCACUUACCCUAGCUAUGCCACUGUUUACGAAGAACAAUACGAAGGUUAUACGAUAAAAUAUAACGAUGAUCUAUAAAUAUUAUUGCUAAGGUCAAGCCCUAAGCCGUCUCCUGGAGUGGCGUUAUGAGGGCGUGAGAUGGCCGUCUACAACAGUCCCGUUGGACCAAGUCCUGAAUCUAGUCGUCAAGAGACUCAAUGAAGGCUCGGGGUUUUAUCAAAUGUUCGGCAUACUCGGGGAUGUGCUCAUCAUAGACAGGUCAGCUUGAACCCUGCUGUUACAUCUUACAUUUAUUAACUUGUCGACUGACAUAUGCUCUACUACAAACCCCGCACCUGUUCAUUAUCAUUAUCAUCACUAUCACCAUUAACGGGGCCCGACCGCCCCUGCAGAGUUUUGAACCACAUCCUUUCAUUCAGAGCGUUCCAUGGCUUUUCGUCUUGAUGCGCCCCCCACCCCCCCCCCCUUACCUGCGAUGUAAAUCCGUCUCCACAUAAAUAAUCGGUCGGCAGUUGUCGGCAAUGGAACAGAAUGGGAUAUGGGAAGUACGACUUGUGGGGCCUCUGACGCAACAAUUUAACAUUUACUGGUGUACAUGUCCAUCUCAUUCUUGGUGGAGCGGUAAUCCACUUGCCUCUUGGUUUCUGCCUGUAAACCCCUUUUGCUCCUCUAUAACCUUGCAUCCUCUCGAGGUACCCAACGUAGCUUGCAUUUUUAAAUUGCCGCGACUAAUAGAUAGAUCUACGUGUAACUGGUAUAUUUCUGAAUUGUCCGAAUGAUCUAUUCAUCAUUAUCACCUACAGACCCUUGUACAGGUGUUCCCAUACUUAUUUAUUGACCAAUUUACGCCACAUGACCCAUUCCUCGGAUUCUGCAAACGCCUUUGCCACGAUUUUAAUAAAUUCGUGCUGUACAUGUAAGUUCAAGACACAUUAAGAAAUUUUAUUGCCAAUAGUGUUAUGCUAAUUUAUUUUCACACAAUCUCCAAUGUUAAACUCCUCCAUGUAUUCCUGCUUCAGGGAGAACGACACCGCCACCUACCUGGAGGAAUUCCCGGUCAACCUGCUGCCGCACCUUCUUGCCACGUCAGGGCACAAAGCAACUGAGGUAUGAUAGAAGUUUGGAUUGACAGCUGCAGCUGUCUAGUCUAACAUUGGUGUCUUAUCUUUCUCUCUCUCUCUCUCUUUCUUUCUCUCUCUUUCUCUCUCCCCCCUCUCUCUCUCUUUUAGCCGCUAAUGCCCCACACUAUGUCACCAGGUUAUCGUGGUCAUCCUGGACUAUGGAGCACCGGACAUGUACACCAGUAAAUUUGAAGCCGUCGCGUCAGAGGCCCACAAGUCGUACUUCCUACACCCCAUUCUGUUCCACUACCGACAACUGCCAACGGGUAUACUAAACAACAAAAAAAAAACAAAGCCUACCUAAGUUUCAUCUAUUAAAUACGAAUUAUUUAAUAAUCUCAUUACUUUUAGAUCAUUCUCAUUAAAUUUAACUUAUUCAGCAUUCGAUUAAAAAAUAUUUUUUUGGGUUAGGCCUGCUAUUUAUUUUCUGUCAAGGUAGUUUGACCAAUGAAGUAUAAAUAUAUAUUUUUUUUAAAGGCUAUGUUAAUGUCUAAUCUAGAAAACAAUGACGGUGGGAGUCUAUAAAAUAAAUUGACAUGACCAUGGGUUGUUACAUAUUGUAUUGGCUCUAAUGUUAAGGGAUUUACACAUUUAUUUUUAAACACUGUUUUCCGAAACACGAUUUAAAGUGGGGGGGGGGGGGGGGGUAAACUCUCUUGAAUGUGCCCCUGACCAAGAAUCUCAAUAUUUAUUGCAUGUUUUUCGUAUUGCCACUUGCGAACUUUCAGAACACGAUUUCGUUCACAAACAUCCCUACGAUCGUCUGCCCCGUCCUGACUCAAUACAUCAUGUGGUGGAAGAUUUCCUGGUCGUCUGGCAGUCAACCAAUGAACACAUCCGGCCUCUGAGGAGAUGGAUCGAAUCUGUCUUAAAUAGGGUAUACAUUUCUGUCAGUAACAAUUAUGGAAAUAUUCUCAACGUUAACUAUCUCUUCCUGAAUGAAUGGAUUAAUGAGCAUAGGCUUCACUUACUCGAUCAAUAACUUAACAAUUUUUUUUGGGUUAAGUUCUGCCCUUUGAAACGGAGCUAGUACAUAAGCUCUUUAUGCCCUCCACAAAACACCCCCACUCUCAGCCCGAGUAUCGGGCCGCGAAGCGGCACGUUGGAGAUCUCCCUUUGAAGAAAUUUCCAUCUUUCAAAAUUCCACCUCUUUUUAUUUGUAUUUUAUAAAGUAAACGUCUUUCACUGUAGUUAUAUCACUUUCAUUAAUGAUUAGAUCCAUUCACAGCACGUAAAAUUUAUAUUACAUGUAUUGGGUUAAGUCAUUUUGCUGGACUUUAUUCGUUAUUUAAGUCAUGCAGUGAGAAAUUUCUCUGACGUAUCCAAUUAUUUGAAUACCCUUUUCUCCUUUGGCGAAUUGAGCCGGGGGGAAAAAAUCUUCAAUGUUUAGAUAAAAAAAAAAAAAGAAUUUAUUUUCCUCAGCACCUUAUUAAACAAACAUUAGAUAGAGUUUAAUUUAUUGCUUUUGUUUUCUAGAAUCUCCGUCACUAUUUCUCUGACACAUGUUUCGAGAUGGCCAUGACCCACAGCACUGUUCCUGGAUCCUGUGAACGUGGCUUGCUCCGGGGCCAAGGUCUCUUUGGUACCCCUGAACUACGGGAGGUUGUUCAGACUCGUCGUGUUGUGAUGGCGUCUUUGUACUGACAUCAUCGGCCUCGACAUAACAAAGAAAACAAGAGAGUCUCGUUACAUGCAUCAUUGAAAUUGAAUUUGAUACAUAGUUUAUUUCGAAAAUAUCAGAAGGAGAAUAUUUUCCUCACAUUCACAGUAAAAAAAACAACUUCAUUAGCUUCUUUUAUGGGAAAAAAGUUGUUCUGAGAUUAAAACUAAAAAGAAAACACAUUAAUUAAUUAAGGCUUA